AUGUCGGGUGCAGUGGGCCGCGAGCCAGUCUUCCCGACCCGCCAGUCGCUGGGGUUAAUGAAGAGUAAGCUGAAGGGUGCGGAGACUGGUCACAGCUUAUUAAAACGAAAGAGUGAAGCCCUCACGAAGCGUUUCCGGGAGAUCACCCGACGCAUCGAUGAAGCGAAACAGAAGAUGGGACGGGUAAUGCAAAUCGCUGCAUUCUCCCUUGCUGAAGUGAGCUACGCUGUUGGUGGAGAUAUCGGCUACCAAGUUCAAGAAUCGGCCAAGCAAGCACGGUUCCGAGUACGGGCCAAACAAGAGAAUGUCUCCGGUGUCUUCCUACCGCAGUUUGAGAGUUACACAGAGGAAGGGAUCAAUGACUUUGGCUUGACUGGUCUCGGAAAGGGAGGUCAACAGGUCCAGCGGUGUCGGGAGACUUAUGCUCGAGCAGUGGAGACAUUAGUGGAACUUGCAAGUCUACAGACUGCGUUUGUGAUCUUAGACGAGGUCAUCAAAGUUGUGAAUCGACGAGUGAAUGCGAUUGAGCACGUCAUUAUUCCUCGAACAGAGAACACUAUAAAAUAUAUCAAUUCGGAACUCGAUGAACUGGACAGAGAGGAGUUCUACCGAUUGAAGAAGGUUUCAAACAAGAAGCAGCGGGAUAGCGCCGCCGCUGAUGCCGAGAUUGUAGCUGCUAGGGAAAAGGAGGCUGCGGACAAGCGGGCCGCUGAAGUCGAGGCGGUGCCAGAAGCCCCAGACGUUCUGGGGGAGAAUGAAGACGCCGAUGUCAUUUUCUAG